GGUAACAAUUUCAACGUAUCAAAUUUCAGAACGUUGUUAAGAAAGACCUUGUUAACUUGUAUAAAUAGAAUUAAUAGUAACAGAGCGUUUCAGUUUUCAAGUAAUUGUUAAAUAGAUAAUAGAAAUAUGAAGAUACAAAUAUGGGUUAUAUGUUUCAUAUCUGCAAUAAACUUAAUUACUUGUGGUUACUUAAUCAAUUAUCAUCCUCUACCUCCUAACCUUAUUACAUCCAGUACUGUUAUUGGUAGCACUGCUGGAGUCACUCCUUCCUCGGGCUCGUACUCUGCUUCCCAACUCACUCAAACCAUUUUAAAUUCUCCUCAUCGAAUCCAAUCACCUAUAUCUCCAUACCAUCCUUCAAAUUAUGAUGGCAGAAUAAAUCAGGAUACCUAUAGUUCUGGUUCUAAUGAAAGAAGAAAUCAAUCUCGUUAUUUAUCUCAAUUCACUCCGAACCGGUUCUAUAAUCCCAGUCAAACCACCAACUACAAUACGAACCAUCCUUCUGCAGUAACAUAUAACUCAUAUGAUAAUGAACGUCCAGGAAAUAACAAUCUGAAGCAAGAAGUUUAUUAUCAAAGGGAAAAUAUUGAUGAUGUUGGACAUGUUCAUGAUGCUCAUAACAAUUAUGAAGGAUAUUAGAAAAACUUACUUUGUACCUGGUUUUUUAUUUACGUUAAUAUAAUGCGUGAAAAGACUACUUUAAAAAUGAAAUAUGUUUAAAAGGGUAUUUUUUGAAGAUAUAAAUAAAUACAGGUUAGUUGAAGUUAACAGUUA